AUGGAUCACAGACCGCAAGCUUGGGGUCGACCCAGAGACGACGUCUACGGCGCCUACGACACCUCCUUCAUGCACAAGAACGGCCCCGCGACGCAUACGCAGCAGCCCAUCGUCACAGGAACAUCUGUCGUCGCCAUCAAGUUCAAGGAUGGCGUCGUCAUUGCCGCCGACAACCUAGCUUCGUACGGCUCUCUUGCCCGCUUUACCAACGUCAAACGCUUGCGCUCUUUCGCCAACGCCUCUGUCGUCGGCUUCAGCGGCGACGUCUCCGACAUGCAGUACAUCGACCGGCAUCUGACGGAGCUCGCUCUCGCCGAGGCAUAUGACUCUCCUGACGCGGCGCGCCUCAAUGCCUCGAACCUUCAUCGUUACCUGUCCAAACUGCUCUACCGUCGCAGAUCCAAAUUCGAUCCUCUGUGGAACCACCUCCUUGUGGCCGGCCUGGACGAUGCCGGUACCCCUUUCCUCGCUGCUACCGACCUACUGGGAACCACGUAUUCUUCCCCCAGUCUUGCCACCGGCUUUGGCGCCAUGCUCGCACAACCCAUAAUGCGUCGCUACGCACCCGACGAGGAGUCAGCGGCAAAACUUACGCGCCAAGAGGCUGUCAAUGUCAUCAAGGAGUGCAUGAAGGUCCUUUUCUACCGAGAUGCCAGAAGCUUGGACAGCUACUCGCUAGCUGUCGUCACCAAAGACGGGGUCGACAUGAGUGAGGACGAGAAGCUGGAAAACCAGAGCUGGGCUUUUGCAGACAGAAUCAAGGGAUACGGAACUCAGACGGUCUAG